AUGACGCCCCACAGGUAUCUCAGAGGGUUUGCCGCUUGUCCACCAAAACUCGAGGCCACUUUGCCCGCAGCAGCCUCCAGUUUCGAUCUAACUGCUCUCACACCAAGUCCUGCAAUUCGCAAUCGAAAUGGGAGAGCUUCAGUUACCGGAGGGAUCCAGAACCCUGCGGUCGAUCUAUCGCAAGGUUGUUUUUCACUCCAAGGCAAACGUACUUAA